CCCUUUUGCAGCGUAACGUAAUUUUAUCUGUUUCACCCAUUGUUUUUAUCACUUCAUGCUGUGUGAAAAUAUUGCAUUUGAUAUGUCAAAAAGAACUUCGUUUGGUGAUAAAACGGACAGUGGGCGCCCCGAGAAUGGCUCAGGCGACGUGCCCGCCGCACCGCUCAGCGACGAUGACGAGGCUCCCAAGAAACAGAAACUGUCGAUGUCGUUCGCAAAGAGGGGAGAGUUCAAACUCUUGGAGAGGCCAGUGACAGCUCCAGUUAAGAAAGGAAUACAGAUCAGGCUUGGUUCUCAGAAGGCAGUUCAGCCCACAAACACAGUGAAACCUCAGUCACAGUCUGUGGCUGCGAUGUUCAAUGUAGACGACGACGACGAACCGGAGGAGAUGCCUCCAGAAGCGCGCAUGAGGAUGCGUAACAUUGGCAGAAGGGUGCAGCUGCCCCCCCUUGCUCCCCAAUCUCGGAUACACCCUUGGCUGCAGCGCAAGGCAACUUCGGUGCAAGGGGUUGAGGAUUUUGAUGACGGAGAGACUCCUACAUCUGCGGGACCGAAUUCGUUCGGGAAGACCAAGCAAGGGUUCUGUGACGCGAAGAAGAUGUUUGAGAAGAACAUGAAGAAAGGCAUGGACAGUGCGGGCAAGGCGGCGGCCAAGGCAGCUUCGACGUCUCCGCCGUCGCCCCAGCCCGAGCCCCAGACACCGCCCGAGGAGGCGGAGGCUGCAGACGAGUGAUGCCGUCGCCGCCACGUUUUACAUUUUCUCUGUCACCUCGUACUCCUCCGUGUAUAUAGGUUUGCUUCUUUUGAGGGGUGCACCUCACCAUCACUUGAAAUUGAUUGGGUUUAACAUUCGCUCCCUGCAACUAAAAGUUGUUCUGUGCCUCCCUAAAAUUCACAUAUGUUAGUGUUCUUUUCUAAAAACUUUUUUUUUUUAAUUAUUAAAAAUUGAAUUUUUUUUUGGCAGUUUCAGCCAAAUGCCCUGUCACGUUUUCCUGUUUCAUAAGUCAUCUUUAUUUGGACAUUAUUUCACCCUGUAAUAAAGUUUUCACUCAAAUAAAAUGAGAAAUUUGUUGGCAUCUUCAGAAACGUUAUAACAGGGUUUUGCUUACAAAAUUUUCACACACAUUUGAGACCCUGGCAUUUUCAUAACAAUUUUUUAUACCUAUCAAAAAUUAUCUUUUCUUGUUAUCUGCUUCAUUUUUCACUUGAAAUAUAUCUCGGAGAAAAGUUGUCUUGAUUUGUGAUGUUCACGUUCAGCAUUUUUAAAGUUGCAAAUUAUAUGCGGACCCCACAGUGGAUUAAAAUAUUAAAGCAAGACAUUUUUGUUGCUGACUUACCUUUACUAUCACUUACGUAUUUAAUUACACUUUCCUAGUUUAAUGUUUCGUUACUACAAUUCACUGAGCUUUUUGUUUUAAUUAUAAAUACAACUAUAUAUCAGAUAGGAAGAUCAAAUAAGUCCAGCUGUUAUCCUGAAGGAAAAAUACAUGUAGGAUGUCGAAUAUGCAUUGUUGUAGUUAACACUUUUGUGGUGAAUUAAUUGUAUUAAAUUAGGAAUUUUUUUUUAGUACUUUUAUGGACCAGCCACAUUAAAAUGGCAGGAAAGGUUUUGUCCCGUUGUCAUCAUCCUUCCGACUGGUCUGUUGCAAGAACAGCUAGCACUUCUGUAGUGCAUUCCCGCUAAUCUUUACAUUUAGAAAUUGACUUCCGACUAUUUUUCUGUAAGGUUCCCCUUCUCGGAGGACUCUGUUGGAUAUAAAAUACUCUUGUCUACCUUAUCUGCGUAAUGUCUUCCGAUUGUCCAGCAAUCUACUCCCUUGGUGGUAGUGGUAGUUACACUAACAAAUCAUGUCGGCUAAAGUGUAACGAGGUCUCAAUGAACAAGUGUCGUCCACCGGUUUGGGGAACCUACUCCCCCCCUCUUUCACGGGACUUCCUACCUCUCCCUGUCUGUCAGCCAAUCACAGCCCUAUGCUGAGUCUCUCUCCCCCUGUUAACAGCCGAGAUUACACUUAAUAAAAAUCACUAAUUUAUUUUGGUUUUUUCAUUCCAUAUAAAAAAGCUUCAUGUUAAAUUCAUACUAAUGUUUAGGCUUGUUCAAAUAUUCAAAAUUUUAAAUAUCAAAAUGAAUAUAUUAGUAUUUUUAUUCAUUUUAAAGUACGCUUAAAAUAAUGAAUAUUUGAUUCCAUUUUAAAUGUAAGUAAAGCUGUACAAUUUAAAUUAAUAUGUACACAGCUAAAAUAUAUCAGUGGAGAUAAUUGUAACUACCCAGAGUUUACUUUAAAAUACCUGAACAGUUAACAGCGGAAUGGCUUAACUUAUGACUGCAGGAUAAUUAGUUAAAUGGACCUUUUUUUAAGUUGAAAAAAUGUUUACAGUGAACAGUUUGUAACCACCACAAAAAUAAUUCCCUGAAAUUCAAAAUUAUACUAUGUAUGUUUCAUUAUCUGUAACUGUAACCAUUAAUAUGAAGUUAUUUAUUGCCAUUGAACUAAUUUUUUUAAGAAUUUAAAAUUGUCAUAAAAAAAUAUUGUUAGAAAACUUUUGCCCCAAUCUUACUAUUUGAAUUCUAUAUUCCUUUUUGAGAAUGUCAUUAUAUUUGUAAUAAAAAAAAUUGCACAUAGUUGAACACAAAGAUUGUUUUAACACAUGUUUCCAAUAACAAUAUAUUAGGACAUGUGUUUUACCUUGUAGUGCCUUCUAGACUGACAGAAAACACUUGGCAAGUGUUCAGAUUAGCUGGAAUGCAUUCAAGUGUAUGGCACCUCUAUCACAUACGUGUUAGCUCUGCCUGAAGUGGGAGAACAUCUUUCACUAGCCACCAGCAAUAACAUAUGUCCUACAGUGCAUUUUGGAGUGUUUAGUCCCAUGCAGGUUCUCUGUACAGUAGAACCCUGUUAUAAUGUUCCUACUUUUUAAUGUUUUCCUGUGUAUGUCACUUUUUUUAUAAAGUCCCAACAUUUUCCCCAUGAGUACAAUGUAUUUAUAUACUGUAUAUAACUUUGAACGAAUUAUGCAAUUUUUGCUUAUGAUGAUUGUUUUCUAAAAUUCAAAAAAAAAAUGCAAAAAAUUUUAAACCUCUGUGUAUUAUAUAUAUAUAUAUAUAUAUAUAUAUAUAUAUAUAUAUAUAUAUAUAAACACACACAUAUGUAUAAUAAAAGGUGCAUAUGUUCACAGUUACGUGUCUGUUGGCACCUUCGUCUUGGAAAACAAAAUAACAAAUCCUCCCAUUCCUUGCCAUUCUAGUAUGUUUCAAGAUACACGUAUGUAAUUCCACAAUAUUUUAGUUUGCCAACUAUUUCGGGAUGGCACAAAAAAAAGUAUUUCAUAUUGCUUAUAGAAGUGAAUAUACUAUUUCAUUCGUAGAAAGGAAUCCACAAAAAACAUGUUUAAGUGGCAAAGGAAUUUGACACAGGUAUUUCCACUCUAAACGCUACUGUGAAUUGUAAAGACAAUUUUACAGAAAUGUGGCAGUGUCUGUAAGACAAAGAAAAUAGAAUGUAAGCACCAUGAAGUUGAAGGAAAAUUGUUAGUAUUGUUUAAGAAAAUUAGUAGCGUAUUUAGUGGUUUUAACAUAUUUGUUUAUGUAGCUUGAGUCCAUUGGUAAAAUUUCAUACACUGACAAGUGAAACAUUGAUAUUUCCUGCUUAUGUUUUUCUUUUGCUUUUUGAUAAACAUAACAGGGUUCUACUGUAUAUUGAUAGGUUUUUAUUGUCUCGAAGCUUGGCACACUUUGUUUCACAACUAACAUUAAAAAUAGUUUUGAUUUUGAACCUGAGGUGAAGCGUAGGCGUGCUGUUUUGUGUAUUUACAGCUACCUUAAUAUAACGACUGCCUCCCGGAUUUUUAACAAUACCUUAAUUUAGAUGUAAAUUUAGUAUUCUUUUACAAAUUGUUAAUGUUUUAAUAAAAGUGUGUCUUUUCCGGUUGUUUAUUACAGUAAUUUUGUUCACCAGAGUCACUGAAGAUGAACUGGACAAAGAUAACCUUUAAAUCAAUGGUCAACACUGCAUUUUCAAUGACUCAUUUAAUACAGAUUGAACAGCAAAGUUUUUUCUGGGUUUCAUAGAAUUAAGAAAAGUAACUAUAAAUAUGUAGUGAUGUGUGAAAAAUGUUUUUAUCUAUAGAGAGCGCAGCAGGCAUACCUCGCCAGUUUAAAUGGCUUUCACUAUCAUCGUUUCUUGGCACCUGAGUUUUACUGCAUGUACAAUGUAAGUUAAUCUCUUUGAAUCUGGGACGUCUGACAAAACUAUUGUUGCAACAUCGGGCCCCACACAGUUACUACCUAAAUGGCCCAAAUACUGCAUUUCAAUGAUUAACAUUGUUGGCUAGCAGUGUUGAUUACUAAAGUAAUAAAUUUUCAGAUUUGAUUUAAUUGUUACGAUUCUAACACUGCAGAUGGCACUGUAUCACAUUGACAUACAGUGAUGGAAAAUUGCAGUGUUUCAAUUUUAACAUUUCAAGUAAAUGUGUUAUCUUAUUUUGUAUUUAUUUUAACUUAUUUAUUGCCCAUAUGUUAGGAGUUAAUAUGCUUGUGAAUAAAUUGGGUUAGGUAAGAAAAGAUUUGGGUUAUAACUUCAUUUAUCGUAUUUACCCGUGCAUGGGUCGCCCAUUGUAUGCCGAUUUUUAGUUAAAAAAAAAUGUAGUGCAACCCUUAUGCAAGUUUUUCACUUCUGGUAAAAAUAAAGUUGCACUGUGUGGCUGAACAUAUGGGUAAAUUAACUCCAUGAGUAAGUAUAAUUUGUUAAAUCAAAAUAUCUCCUCAGUAGUGUGAAGCUUCAGGAACAGUGCAGUUAUUUGGUUGGUGCUGGCAAGUGAUGCAUGUGUUGUACUGAGAUGGAGUGGCAAGGAGGGGAAAAUUUAAAAAUAAACCAACCAGAGAGAGCAAGAGAGUUGCAGUGUUGACAGUUCUCACUCCCUCUCAAGUUGUAAUGCCUGUGAACUAGCGUGUCUUACCUUGACAGGUGUUUAUGAUGCAGGUACUACAUGUUUUUGCAUGAGAUUUCCCACGCUUUCAACUGAAAAUUCCAUGACAAAACUGCAGACAUCAUUGGUGUUUGUAAGUGCACUUUUUAUUUUCCUCCAGCCCCCACAGUAACAUGAGUGCUAGUUUUUGUGGGGGCAUUGACAAAAGAGUAGCUUGCCACCUCUUUUCUCUCCUGGCAAAAGAAGAGUUUAAAAUAUAAAAUACAAUAGACGUAAGGGAAACAAGGCUACAAAAAAUAGCAGUCUUCUCCUUUGUCAUUUUGUUAGGUAGUGAGGAAAUUGUAGGGGUCGAUGACGGUGGGGGGGGGGGGGGGGGGAGUGGGCGGCCGCUUAGUCUCCCGUAGUAUGCAGACGAAGAAUCAAGGUUCAACACCUGUGCUGUAUUUCUUACGCGCCAAUAAGCUGAGACACAGACCACAGGCUUCACUUGUAUCCAUGGAUCCAUGGUACUCUGAAGAUACGGUGGUCAGACCUUUAAUUAAGGGCAACCCUUAUGGUGAAAAUGUUAGAUUUUUAUGUCCAAAAUUAAAGGUGCAACCCAUACGCAGAGGCAACCCUUCUUUGGGUAAAUACAGCAAAUGAAUUGGACUUUUCAACAUUGUUGCAGUUUGCUGAACUUAAAAACUUGGUCCACAUUAUUUUAAUAUACCUGUAUGGGAGUAUAAGUGUAAUUAAUCUUCAAAUUGUAUUAAUGGCCUGCCAAUUAAAAUGUUUCUCUAGUUUUGAGUACAGCAUAACACCUAUGAUCUUAAAAUAUAGUUUUUUCACUUUCUGCACAAACCACUAGAAAAACAAUCUAAAAAUAGUAUUUUAUUGAAAGCAUAAAAGCCCUGAUAAUUCUUAGUCCUGCAAUAGUAUGAGGUUUGUGGUCAAGUUAAAUUGAUAAAAAAUAGAAGCUUGUGAAAAAGCUUUGUGUGAUAGUAAGAAAAUGGUACAUAUAAAGGUUUCAUAUUGUUUUGUGUUAGUGUGUAAAAUGUGUUCAUAAGAUUUCUAGUUAAGCUCGAUUUUAUUCUCUUGCAGAAAAUAGACCCUAAUAAGCAUUCAGAAAAGAGCUUAUAUUUUUUUCCCUUAUGUACAAUAAAUGUGAAGUAUGAAUUAAAUGUGCACAUUAUAAAGGUUUUUUUUUUCAAAGCUGUGUUUUAAUUCAAGGAUAAAAGGAAAAGAAAUACAGCCAGGGGAUCUUGUGAAAUUACGUUUAUCAUACCUGUUUCACAGUAGUGAUCUUGCAAGUGCAAGCAAGCUCCUACAACUUCCCCAAACCUCUUUUGGAGUCUCACCUGUAUUUAUAAAUUUUGGCAUAUGGGCAGUAUACAUCGGUACAUGCUCCAUAGUAAUUUAGUGUGUGGCAGACUGUGUCCACAUGUACAGUAAUAAUAGAGUUACUGUGACAGUAUAUGUCAUAAUGUGAAGAAUCACCAUUGAAAAUAAAAUUUUCCUUUCAAAUAUUUAAAAGCUGAUAUACGACUAGUGAUUAAAUUAUCUUGUGAAUUAAUUGGUAUGUGUUUUAAGAUUGUUAUAAAAUUUGGCUUUGGUUGCAUGUAAUUAAGGAUUCUUUUAUUGUCAUACUGUCAGCUUGAUCUUGUAACAGGAAGCCUUUUUUUCACAGACGAGAGCGCCAAACGCCCGAUCGUGCAUCUUCAGUUUUUUUUUUUGUUCAUUGUAAAUAAAUAUGGCGGUGUUGCUAAAAGGAAAGAUCAUAAACAAGGCAACUGUAUUUAUUUGUAAUUGUUUUUAGAGGAAAAUACCUAAUUGAAGAAACGUACUUUGUGGAUUUGUAUAUUUUUCAUACCGUACAAAAUCUAAGAAGUCUUUGUCUUUUUCAAAUAUUCUCAGGACGCCCCAUAUUCCGUGAAUGUGUAUUUUGGACAACUCAUGAUAACUAAUGGUCAAUUAGGUUAGGUUAGCUACAUUAUAAAUACUUUAAAACAUUGUGGACGGUUGAUUUGGUAAGGAUAGCUACAUUAAAGAUACUGUGAAAUCAUGUAAACGGUUUCCUAGCCCUGGAUAGCUACGUAUUAAAAAGUUAUUUGCUAAGCAACCAUAAAAUGAUUUUACAGUAUUUUUAAUGUAGCUAUACUUACCUAAUAUAACCAACCAUCCACAAUGUUUUAAAGUAUUUAUAAUGUAGCUAACUUAUUCUAAUCGACCGCAGAAUUUAAUGCCACACCGGUUUAUACUAUGAGAUAGAACGGGGAAAAAAGUGAGCAUGAACUUCGGGGAACUUCGGAUGUGGCUCUCUCGUCUGUGAAAUGAAGGCUUCCCUCUUGUAACACCCAUCACAUUUAAGGCUUGCCAAAGGUUCCAUUUCUUUUCCUUAUGUAACACACAUUUGUGAUCACCAAAGAGAUAGCAUUUGAAACUAAUGCUUUCAAAUCAUCCACACUUGAUUUUUUUCCCCCAUCAAUACAUUAAAUGUAAAUCAGUAUGGAAAGUGACAAAAGUUUUUGUAUAUGACAUUAUGUACUUGUAACUUAUAAAUCAAAAUAUAUUGUAAUGGAAAAAUUUAACAGUUUAAAUUAAAUAAUGUUUUAACGUUUUAAGAGUUUUCUACUGGUUCACAAUUGUUUCCAAUUUUUUUUUGUGUAUAAGGUGUUAACAUAAAAUUCAUUGAGAAAAAACAUAUACUAGAUGAAUAAACUAGUGAUAUGCACACAUGACAUGUCUUGUAAGGUUUAACCUCCAUAUCCUUGCUGCCAGUAAUAGAGAGUUGCUUCAGGAUAUCAAGGACUGUGACAAUAGACUGAAUGUAAUUACCAUUCUGGCUGGUAUUUACAAGCAUGUAACUCAAUUGGUGUGAUCUUUUAGUGUGCCCCAUCACGACCUAAGAUACAAGUUUCCCUGACAAAAUUUUUAAAAAUUUAUUUAAUUUGCAAUUUUCAACAAGAAAUAAAGAUAAUCCAUCCUUCACCAUCCCCAUUGCUGGCCUAGUUCUCCACAUUUUUUAUUUCAAACAUAAUCGUGCAUAUGCCAUUUUAUAGUGUGAUGUCAGACUGGAACAUGACAUUUUCACCUCAAAUUACUUUCACUGGGAUAUUAAUGUAAAUUCCCUGACAAAAUAAUACUCCUGCCUUAUUAGGUUAUUAGUGUCAACAUGAGGUGGAUGAAUGCACAGUCAAAAUCUGAAACAAGACUGUUAUUUAAGUACUUAAUGUUUUCCCUUGCUGAAAUGACUAUAUUACUUGGUGAUGAUAUAUAAAUACUUAGCAAUUAUGCUGGCAAGUGUUGUGAAAAAAAAUCAACAAUUUUUUUUGUUUGAAGUUUUGCAGAAUCAGCAGCACAACUGCAUGUAACCAUGUUAGUUUUUUUAAAAACCAAAUUGCCCCAAAAUUUUUGGAUCAUGCUGAAGAAUCUUCAAGUUUCAAUUUAUGUUAUUGUAUACCUGAUUUCAUUAUGUAUGCUCAAAACUGCAGUACGGUACUUAAUUGCAGCACAGGUUUAGGUUUCAUCAACAAUAAAGGUCUAACCACUCCGAACAUAGAAAAAACUGUCGUUGACCUAAUUUGGAGUUUAAUUUCUCAGUUUGGGCUCAUUUCAUAGAAAUUGAAAAGUAAUAAAUUUUUCAGUAUACAUGAACUUAUUUAAGCGUACCUAUAUAAUCAAUGUAGGAAAAUACUUAAAGCAUCAAAAAUAAGUUUAAAAAAUCUUAACCUAGUGAAGCAAUUUAUAUAAAUCAUAGAUGUUGUCUUUUCUGUAUGAUUACAUUAUAAAUUUGGACGUGUCACAUUCUGAAACCUGAAUUGGGACUUGUCCUGAUUUGCAACUGGAAAGAUCGUAUUUCUCCAAAAAUGAUUGAGACAAUAAAAAAAAGGGAAAUUUACAAAAAAUACAAUA